AUGUUCAUUCAAGAACUAGGUCAAUUCAUAGACUUACAAAACAAGAGUCAAAUACUCUUACUAUUAUCUAUAUUCCCAAUCAUUUCAAUACUGGUUACAAGUUAUCUUAAAUUCUUUCAUGAUUCCAAAAAACCUUUACCUGCUCAUAAAGCUAAAAACAAACAAAGAAAACCUGGUCAUUGGAAACCUGAAGAUUAUAAAUUCCCAAUCCCACCACCAUACCCAAAUUUUGACUUGAAGAAGACAGAUCCAAUUCCAUAUCGUGCUUUUAAACAUAAAUUUAAUAUUACAAUGGGUAUAAAAAACACUCAUCCUCAUGAUUGGUUAGAAAUUGAUAAUCAAUGGUAUAAAUAUCAUGAUUUAAAAGUUAAAAGAGUUGCAGAAAAAGGUGAAAAAAACAUGAAAACUUUACCACAAUCCCAAGAUGCUGCUUUUGAAUUAUUAGAUGAAUUUAGAGAAUAUUUACCUGAGAGAUAUCCUUCAAUGUUUAAAAAAAUUCCAUUGGGGAUUGAAAAUUUACAAACAGGUGAAAUAUUUGAUUAUAAAUCUCCAAAUUGGGAUAAAGAUCCAAUGUAUGUUACUGCUCAUUUAAUUCAAGAUGAUGUUGCUAUAAUGACCGAAGAGGAAGAUGGUCAAUAUAGAUUCACCUCGGGUUCAAUUCAAUUAGCUGGUUCUUGGAGAUUUAGAGAUAAAUUUAAUACUACAUUAUCAGAAAUUCAUUAUAAUGCAAAUGUUCCAAAAUAUGAAUCAAAUUUAAAAAAAUCAAUGGAAAAAUUUUUCUUUAAUAUGACUCCUGAACAAUUAGUUGUUCGUUAUAAUUAUUCUUUCCAAAUGGAUGAUAAUUUAGAUUGGGCUGUUUCUACUUUGGGGGAUGAGGAAAAUCAUACUUAUAGAUUCACAGGUUCAUUGAAAGCUCAAACAAUUGAUGGAAUAAUGUAUAGAUCAGAACGUCAAUCAUUAAGAAGAUUACCAAAAUCUGGAGCAAUAGUUUUUACUAUAAGAACAUAUUUUUUACCAUUAACUCAAAUUUGUCAAGAACCUUUUGUACCUAAAAGAUUAUUAAAUUCAAUUAAUAAUUGGGAUCCAGAUUCUCAAGUUUAUAAAGGUUUAAUUAAAUGGAAAGAUAUUGUUUUACCUUAUUUGGAGGAAAAGGCUAAAGAACAAGAAGAUCAAGGUUAUACUGUGGAGAAGGAGAAGUUGAAUUUUCCAUUCUAA